AGAUGACCCGGCCAGAAAUGAUUUCUGUUGUAUCUGAUCACAUUUCCUUCAUAGACGUGCGAUCAAUUAACGAAGUAUUUUUUUCCUGUCAGCUGUGACCUUCCUCUGAUUAUUGUCGAGACAGCCUUUGAAAAGAAAAGGCUUGUAAUGAACUGAAUAUUGGCAGGCAAAGGACCUGAAAAGGACAACACCUUUAUCUCCUUCAUUGACACACCGAGACAACUGUGACAGUACACUGUGUACAUGCAUUGCUGCGUUGCCCGAGGGCUUUAGAAAGCGAAUUACUUCACACUUUGAUUAUAAAACGGACGAAACUGGUUGCAUGGAAACCUAGCAUUAGCGAAGCCUUUAGAACUCAGCAGUAGACGUAUCCCUGCAGGUUUAUUGUGUGCAAGUGGGGAGAUUAAUCUGUUCUUUUUACGUGUUUCCAUCAUUGUAAGAACAAAAUGGCCGAAGCAGCUGAACCUGGUAGUGGAUUUAACUCGAAAAGCGUUGCGUUGCGAGCGCAGAAGAAAAUCCUGGGCAAAAUGGCCUCGAAAAAUGUGGCGAAAGCUUUCGUGGAUGACACCACAGGCGAACUGCUUGAUCAGCUAUACAAGCUAGCGAAACUGGAGACAGGAAAUAAGAAAGAAGCUGAAAAACUCGUGAAAGACUUAGUCAAAAUUGUCGUCAAGAUCAGCAUACUGUUUCGAAAUGACCAACUGAACCGCGAGGAAAUUCAAAUAGCAGAGAAAUUUAGGAGAAACUUUCGAUCUGCAGCCAUGACUUUUAUUAGUUUCUACGAGGUGGAUUUCUCUUUCGAUAAGAAAUUUUUAACCAAGAACUUGGAGGACUGCCGAAGCCUGAUUCAUCAAAUUAUCGAUCGGCACCUUACAGCGAAAUCGCAUGGAAGGGUUGAUCACGUUUUUAACUACUAUGCAAAUGGUGAAAUGUUAGAGCGUGUGUUUCAAGCAAACCGCGAUGGACCUUACGGCACUAUCCUUAAAAACAUUGUAGACAAUCUUAAUAAGCUUAUGGAAGAGGGCAGUUUAUAGAAUACUGGGCUUUAUUGAGGUUUGCCUUGUAUGUAAUUGUGCAUUUGCUUUGUGACGACCCCUCUUGAUGCAG